CAGGCAGAGCCGGCCAUGUAAGUUGAACUGCCUUAAAGGAAAGUCACCGUGUGUGGCUUUCCUUAUAACCCCUCCUCCACUCCCCACAAUACAGAUGAGAAGACUGAGGCCCAAAGACGGCAGGACUUGCCCAAUGCUCAGAGGCCAAGUCAGCAAUACAGGCAGAACUAGAUGAUCCCAGUCCCCACACAAGGACCUCUGCCACCUGCCUUCAAUUCUUGCACAAGCACCCCUUGCCUUGAAGAUGUCAGGCAGCGGGGUGGGGACGAGAUCAGGGAAACACAAGCCACCCUAAUCGUCCUCUGGUCCUCCUCCCCUGACUCAACUGCUCUGGCAUCCCUGGAGCUGUAGGUGUGUUAAUUUUGGGGCCUCUGGGCCCUGAGCUUACUGAGUGCCACAAAAGAAACAUGAGACUCCAGAGCUCCCUCCUCCUGGUAGUCCUCCUGGCUUUGGAGACCCAGCUGCCUGUGGCCCGGUGCAGGAACAAGGGAGAAAAAUUGGGGGGCUGCCCACCAGACGACGGACCUUGCCUCAAGGUGACUCCUGACCAGUGCAUGAAUGACCGCCAGUGUCCCUCGUCGAUGAAGUGCUGCUCCAGAGCCUGUUUCCGCCAGUGUGUCCCCAGGGUCUCAGUGAAGCUGGGAAAGUGCCCCGUGGAUAAACUCCACUGCCUCAGCCCUAUAAAGCACACGUGUAACAAAGACUUCGACUGCUCAGGCCAGAAGCGAUGCUGCCUCGGCGCCUGUGGCCGGGACUGCCGAGACCCCAGCAAAGGCUAAUUCCGGCUUAAGAUCCGUCGCUCUGUACCUCGGGUGUGGUCCCCACCAGGAAGAGAUCCUGCCACCCAGGUCAUCUCUCCAGAGCAGUUGUUACCUUCUGACAGACACUGGCCUGUCGCCACUUCCCCUACAACUCAUGCCUCCUGGUUUCUCUUCCUGAGUGCCAAGGUCCACAGCAGACCUUAAAGACACACCUCAUCACUCCAGCUCCCCAUCCCCUGUCACGCUGAGCUUCCCACCCUACCUCAUAGCCAUUUUUACAUCUCCCUGUACAUUCUGUUUCCUCCACUUAAAAUGCCAACUCAGGCAGCGCCUUCUCUACGGAGCCCUAAACCCACCUCCAACAGUCCUUCCCCGCAAAUGUAUGUCUAGCAGAAUUUCCCAAACACACGCUGUUACAAUCUUCGCCAUCCCUGCAGAACCACAGUGUAACGUGUCAAGUUGUGUAAAGCACCCCCUGUACAUCGAUUUACUUGAUGUCUUCGUUUAAAUGGCCCACUUUUGGGUGUAACAAUUCAUUUCCAAAGGAUGAUGAUGAUGAUGAUGAUGAUGAUGUGUGUGUGUGUGUGUGUGUGUGUGUGUGUGUGUGUGGCAGGGGGUCACUACAGUAAGUGAGCUAGAUCUGCAAGAUCACUGGUCAGAAAUGGAAUGGAAUUGUGAAGCCAACUGUAAUGAAAAUAGCAGUUCUCUUAAGUUAAUUUAUGCUCUAUUUAAAUAAUACCAUUAAAUUCUAGCUAGAUAUGGCCGCCCGCCAAGGCAGAGCCUGUCUCUGUUUUAAUAAAUGGAGAUUAACAAGGGUUAAAGAGAUGUCAGAGAUGCAGAGCUCUGACUGAGUCAGCUCCCUGGGCAGAGUUGGGAGCGAAAAGAGAGCCUCUCAAUGCAGGGCUGAUGCUGUUUCGUGUUGUAGCCAAGCGCUCGCUGAGAUCAUUCCAAUUGUCCCACAUCCAGGGAAAGGUGCUCCAGCGGUUGGGAUGCCAUGUGUAGCGUAGGUCUGUCUCGGCCGUUGGGCUGUGUCUCACUUCUCUUAAUUUCCCCGGAGCCCAGCCUGUAGUCAGGGCCUAAUGGGGGCUUCUUGAGAGGAGCCAGCAAGGAUCCACCCAUUCCUUGGACCCAGACAGCUGAAUUCCUGACUGUCCUUCCUCCCCAGGACUGUCAGGAGGGGAAAGGAGGUACCCCUGACCCUUUCUCUGUGGAGUCUCCUUUUGUCUGCUGGACGCAGGCUACUGCAGAGGUGGACUAGGGAAUUCUGCUCCUGUUCUUGUCACCCUGCUGUGUAGCCCAGGCGAGCUGCUGUGUAGCCCAGGCAAGCCCUGCACCAACCACUUCUGUCUGCAGUGGGGAAGAUGGACCAAGUUCCCCUUCCUGGCUACUGUAGCCCUCCUCACUAGAUUCCAAUGCCUGAACUGUUGACUCAUAGUAACAGUUGCUAACAACAUGGAUCAAGGUGACACCUGGGAAAAAAGAAAGCUCUCUGGAGUCACGGGAUCUGUGCCAUCUUGGAUAUUUCUCGGCCUCCUUUUGGGCCUCAGUUCCCUUACCCAUCCCAUUAACACAGAUAAUACAGAGGUUCAGAGUCUCUGUCCACCAUGUCCCUUCCCUUCCACAGAUUCCCUAGGGGAUAGUAUAUGUCCUACCUGUAAUGGUUAGUUUAUAAAUUGCCAACUUAGCAUAAUCUAGAAUUACCAGACAGGCUUCUGGACAUCGCUGUGGGGGAUUAUCUUGAUAUUCUAAUUGACCUGGGAAGACCCAUCUUGGCUGUGGGUGGGACCAUCCCCUAGGAAUUGGAUCCUGAGCUGGACAAAACGAAGUGAGUGAGCCGAGCAAAGCAAGCGUGGACUCAUCGCUCUCUUCUGAGUGCAGACGUCAUGUGACCAACUGCUUCAAGCAUCAGCUGCCUUGACUCCCCUGCCAUGAAGGACUGUAUCUUGAACUGUGUGCUGAAAUAAACCCUGUGUCUCUCCCA